UUUUAGACAGUACGGUUUGUGGAAACAAUAUAGCGGUUUAUAUCCUACAAAUUAUCUCGUCUACACCGUUGAGACUAGCAAUUAUUCAAGAGACUGGUUUUAUGCUUGUUUGACACAAAAGAUGAAUGUAGGAAUCAACAUAUAUACUGCUACCACAUGGAGAAUUAUAUUCAAUCUUACCAGUGUUGACACUGCCUCAAAUUACACUCUCCAACUUGCUCUUGCUGUAGCUCAUGAAGCUGAACUACAAGUUCGUAUCAAUGAUGGAAAAGCGCAAGAACCCCAUUUUACAAUAGGAUUUAUAGGGGGAGAUAAUGCAAUUGCAAGACAUGGUAUACAUGGAUUAUAUUGGCUUUACAACAUCGGAAUACAAGGCAAUUUGCUUACUAAAGGAGCAAACACAAUUUUUCUUACACAGACAAUAGCUCUCACUCCCUAUCAAGGGGUCAUGUAUGAUUAUCUUCGUUUAGAAGGACCUCAUCAGUGA